UGUGUGUGUGUGUGUGUGUGUGUGUGUGUGUGUUCUCUCUCAGGCUGCUCUCUCUGUCGGACUCUUUUCCUCCGGACUCUCACUGAAGGACGAUGCCCCUCCCACCCCCCGGACUCUUCUUUAAGGUUCAAGGUUCAAGUUUUCAGGAUGACCUGCUGACAUGAAGGCUGAAGUGUGAGGACUCGGCGCCCCCUGGUGGACCCCCCGCUGCUCUGCAGGGCCAUGGCUGAGGAAAGCUACUCCGACCUGAUCGCCAAACACUACAACUUCACCGGGAAAUACCGCAAGCCUCAGCAGGACUCGGGCCUGAAGGCGGACUCCGUGGUCUUCAUCAUCGUGUGCUGCUUCAUCAUCCUGGAGAACAUCCUGGUGCUCACCACCAUCUGGAGGACCAAGAAGUUCCACAAGCCCAUGUACUACUUCAUCGGGAACCUGGCGUUAUCCGACCUGCUUGCCGGCGUCGUUUACACCGCCAACAUCUUGCUUUCCGGCGCCAACACGUACAAAUUGACGCCAACGCAGUGGUUUUGCCGGGAGGGGAGCAUGUUCGUGGCGUUGGCAGCGUCUGUUUUCAGCCUUCUGGCCAUCGCCAUCGAACGCCACCUCACCAUGCUGAAGAUGAAGCUGCACAACAACGGGAACACGUGCCGCGUCUUCCUGCUGAUCAGCACGGUGUGGAUGAUCGCGGCGGUUCUUGGCGGUCUUCCUCUGAUGGGCUGGAACUGCAUCCAAAGCAUGACCCGAUGCUCCACCGUUCUGCCGCUCUACCACAAGACCUACAUCCUGUUCUGCACCACCGUCUUCAGCAUCCUCCUCCUGGCCAUCGUGGUUCUGUACGCCCGAAUCUACGCUUUGGUGCGAACGCGCAGUCGCAAACUCGUCUUCCGCAAGGCGUCCAACGGCCGCGGGAACUCUGGCGCCAACAUCAAAAGCUCAGAGAAGUCGAUGGCUUUGUUGAAGACCGUCAUCAUCGUGUUGAGUUGCUUCAUCGCCUGCUGGGCUCCGCUCUUCAUCCUGUUGCUUCUCGACGCCGCCUGUGAGACGCUCAGCUGCCCAAUCCUCUACAAAGCCGAGUGGUUUCUGGCUCUCGCCGUCCUAAACUCCGCCAUGAACCCCCUCAUCUACACGCUCACCAGCAACGAGAUGCGCCGCGCCUUCCUCAAAACGCUGCUCUGCUGCACCGCAUGCCUUCGACCCAAGUCCAAGUUCACGGGGCCGGUCAUGGGGGUGGAGUUCAGCCGCAGCAAGUCGGAUAACUCCUCCCACCCAAACAAAGACGAAGCUGAGUAUUCGCCGAGGGGCACGACGACCUCUGGGAACGUCACCUCGUCAUCUUAAAACCGGGUCGUACAGUUUGUGUUUCUGCAGAAAAAAACCGGCGUGAAAAGCGCUCGCCACAGACCUGGAACUCCAGCACUUAGAGAGACUUUCAGACUGGUGAACCAGCGAGACUCAGAGAGAGGCCGCCGCACUUUUUAAGAAGCUCACGCAGGAAAUAUCAACAAGUCCUCGACGAUCAGCUUCAUGUGGAUCCUGAAGUUAAAGCAUGAUGAAGGUUUAUAGUGCCAGCAUUGUGAAUCUGGAGAUGUUGAGACCCUGAAGUUCGAUGUUAGAAAUGUACAGCAGGGUCCACAGAACUUAGAAACUGCCGGAUGCUAACCUGCAUAUGUUGGGUCAUUUGAACGAUUAGCACAAGUUGUGUUAACUAACCCUAACCCUAAUGGCGUCAUGUGGACAAUAGUUAAAAUAUGGCUUUCAAUUUGGACACUUUUUGAGAGGUUUUGGAUGUUAUUUAGGGUGUUGGAUCCAUUUCUGACAUUUUCAGGGUAACAAAUGGCAGUUUUAACCAGAAAGGGCCAUAUGUGUAGUCUCUGUGGACUUAUUCGACCACCAUGAGUAGUGUUGCAACCAUUGGAUAUACUGUAGAGAGCACAAGAUGAACAUCAUUACCUCUACUGUUGACAACUUUUCUUCAUAUAAAAAAGCAAUCUGUCCAAUCCAGAUGAUCCGGAGUCCCCUAAAACCUCCAAAUCAACCCAAAAUUCAUCAAAAUCAGCCCACAGAGUACAAAUAUUGUCACUUUCUGGUUAAAACUGACAUUUAUGAUCCUAAAAAUGUCCGAGGUGGAUUCAAGAUCCUCAAUAACCUCCAAAAUUGCCCAAUCAGCCAAGCCAUGAUGGUAAUUAAUGCAAAUUAUGCUAAUUGUGCACAUUGCCCAACGUAUGCAGGUCAUCAUCCGGCAGUUUCUAUGUUCAUCAUAACACUUUGGGGUACUCAACAUUUCUGGGUUCACUAUGAUCUGCAACUAGACUAAUAAAAGGGUUAAAGGUGAAGAACAGGUGUGAGCUUCAUAGAAAGUGCUCGUGUUCCUCGUAGUAGAAGAAGAAGAAGAAGAAGAAGGAGAACCAGACUUUGUACUGACCCUCUAAGAACAACUAGAACCCGUAACGCUUAAACUCACAGCUGUCAAAUAUUUAAGAAUUCAAAUUAAUUCAUGGAGAUUUUCUUUGUUUUCCUCCACUUCCCUUAAGAAAUACGUAUUCGUGAAUCCAGAGUUCAGGCGCUUCUUCAGAUCCAAGAUUUAGGUUCAUGUCUUUUUCUGUUAUACCUGGAAACAUAGGAAUAAACAGUGGUGUAGUGGUCGUUGGACGCGGGGGAUCCCCGACCCCCCACUUUUUUUAAGCAUGAUUUUAAUAAAUAUAAAAUCUUUGCCAGUGUUA